GUCGAUCACUUGAAAGAGCAAAGCCACUUCAAACAACCUUGUGAAAGAACGAACAAGAAUGUCUUUCUUGCUAAGACUAUCAGCCUUUGCCAUGUUUCUUUUGAAUGUCGCGGACUACAGCUCUUGCCAUUCGGCUUACCCUCCAAACUACGACAGGGAAAAAGGUCUUCUUUUUGACUUUUAUCCUGCUCAAAAGCUUAACCUUCCAAAAGGAGCAAUGAAGAAAACCAAGUAUGUUGCUGAUAACAUGGAAUGUGUGUUCGCAUGCAUGGGUGUCCAUUGGUGCCGUUCAACCAAUUUUAAAAUCGCUCCUCGAUCUAACGGUCUCCACGCCUGUCAACUGAUUUCAUCUGAACAGUUCGCUGGGAAAGAGUACAUGGAACCAAGUAAAGCGUACAACCAUUAUAGCGUUAAGAAUCCAUGUCAAGAAAAACCUUGUCAUAAUGGCGGCAAGUGCGUUUUGCAGGAGAACAGGCAGCAUUCUCACUGCGAAUGCAAGAAGGGAUUUGGCGGAGAAAACUGCGAAAAGGUUCACGGAAAUUGGUCUUCCUGGAAACCAUGGGAAAGUUGUUCAGUCAAGUGUGGUGGAGGCAGCCAAUCACGAUCAAGAACGUGCACAAGUCCUGCGCCAGCCAAUGGUGGUGACGAUUGCACUGGAAACGACAAAGAAACAAGGAAAUGCAAUCCAAGCAAAUGUUCACCAAAAAACUGCGCCGAAGUACUUCAAAAUGGYUAUAAGCAAAGUGGAGAGUACGAUGUGUAUCCCGACGAUGGCGGAGGUUUCAAGGUUUACUGUGACCAGCAGACUGCAGGGGGAGGAUGGACAGUCUUCCAGAGAAGAAAAGACGGUUCGGUGGACUUUUACCGAGGAUGGGCCGACUAUAAGAAUGGGUUUGGAGAUCUGAAAGGCGAGUUCUGGCUUGGUCUCGAUAAGAUCCACCGACUAACCCAAGCAAAACGAAACCGUCUUCGUGUUGAGGUUGGAGACGUGCAAGGAAAUAGCGCGUAUGUCGAGUACGACUUCUUUGAUGUGACCAAUGAAAAAACCAAUUACAAGUUAAGUCUUGGAACUUACUCAGGUACUGCAGUUGAUUCCCUGGCCAGUCAUCGUAAUAUGGCCUUCACUACCAAAGAUCGUGACAAUGACAAGGACAGUAGUGGCAACUGUGCAGUGGAUUACAAGGGUGCCUGGUGGUAUAACAACUGCUAUAAUUCCAACCUUAAUGGUCAGUACAAGUACCGCGGUACCAUUUCAGACCGUGGCGUGAUCUGGUACCACUGGAAAAGCACCUAUUGCCUUGCAAGAGCUGAGAUGAAGAUGAGACCGCAAAAGAAAUGAGCCAAUGACGUAAUCAUGCAUGGUAAUAACCGCAAAGCACAUAAAUAUAGAUAGGUAAAACAGCAUCAGUUCAAUUUAUUGACUGUAAGAAUAAGCUUUAGACAAUAAAAAACGAUUGCAUUCAGCCUGCAUGUUA